AUCUUUGCAUUUUUAAAACGUUACAUUUUCUUCAGAAUUACAUUAUUUGUAUUCCCCAUCCUUACUUAUUGCAUGCAUUAUCUUCGAAGAAAAAAUUAUGAUAUUUAAAAUAGCGUAGAAUGCAGGGACGUUAUUAAGGUAACCAUGUUGUGUGCGCCACUCUCAAAAAGACACAACUUUGUUGUUAUAUCUAUUUGGAAUACUGGAGAGAAAAAAAAUUUUCAUAAAUUGUAAAGGUUUUUUACAGUGUUCAAAAAGUAUGAUGGUUUUAAAUGAAAAAAUUUACAAGAUCAACGUGAAUUCUAUUUAAAAUCGAGUUAUUAUUUUAAUUCAAUACUACUAAGUUUAAGAGUCAAAAGGACUCGAGUAUUGAAUAGGACUCAACAAAAUCAAUACAGUAGUGAACUUCUUUCACUGUAAGGUGUUACCUUGUACAGCAUUAAAGAAAAAAGAUUAGUUGGUAAGAAAUGAAACGUUUUUUAAUCCUACACUAGGAUAAAACAAUGUUAAAAAACUGAUGACUUUGAGGAUUCCUCCAUGUCCUCGUUUCAACGCUCAGUUUUCAUCGUAUUUAUCUAUAUUUUUUUUUAAAUAAAAACAACUAUACGUUAAAUAAAUACCAAUAAAAUAAUCGGGUGUUAGUGAAACGCAUUGUAACCCUGAUGAACUUGUUUUUCACAUAACAAAACCAUUAGCAAAUAAUGAAGAAAUCGAAAAUGGAAAGAUGCUGCAUGCAACACACAUCAGGCUAAGGAUUUUAUGUGAACACCAGAUCCGUUCAAAAAACAUUAUAGCAAAUCAUCAUUAAAUAGUGAUGUAAUAAAAUUAAUUUAACAUAUCGUCAUUGAGAAUUUUCUGUUAACGAAAUACAAAAUAAACAAUGAACGAUUACACACUGGUUCCAAAGAUAUCCCGUAAGUGUGACCGCGUUCCAAGAGAUUAUCAAUUGGAAUUGUAUGAAAUUGCAAGGAACGCUAAUACAAUAGUUGCUUUACCAACGGGAAGCGGUAAAACCUUAAUAUCUAGUUUACUCAUGUAUCACUACUUGACGCAUCCAAAUCAUCAAGAUCAACUUAUUGUCUAUUUAGCACCAACUGGAAUGUUAGCAUCACAGCAAUCCAAAGCAUUAGUGGUUGAUGCUUAUGAACUUUUUGAAGAUACCAAUGUGUGUGUUCAAUUAGUUACUGGAAGCAAAUCCGAGUUAAUAUCUUAUAAUGAAAAUAUUACUGAACAAUGUGUUAAUUUGAAACAAAUUUCAACAUGGAAGUUUAUUUUAAACUCUAUAAAUAAAAAAAAAAACCUCGAUUGUGUUUUUCAAGAUAAAUUAACAGAGUGUGAGGAACAGGACUCUUCUUCAUCAUCGUCAUCUUUUGACAGCACCUUGUCCUCGUCAACACUUAUAGUGCCCAAAGUUUUUGUUUUCACGCCUGAAAUUUUUUUAAGUAAUUUAUGUCAUGGAUAUUUUUCAAUGGAAAAUAUAGCCGUUAUUAUUUUUGAUGAAUGUCAUCACGUUUUUGGAAAAAGUGUUUAUAAUGAGAUAAUGUCGAUAUUUUAUCAUCAUCAUUAUCCUAAUGGCGGUCAAAAACCCUCAACACGUAUUUUAGGUCUAACCGCAACACCGUUUAAUAUUGUACCAUACGCGAAAAUGAAUCCUAAUACUAUUUUAAAAAGCAUACAUGAUGAUAUGCAUUUUAUAGAAGCCAUUUACGAUUCCAAAUUACACUUUCGACUCUACACAGCUCUUUCAGCGGGAGACGAUUGUUUUUACUCUGACACAUUUUCACACUUAAACUGGAAGUAUACCAUCGAUACACUUUUAUGGGAUCCAUUUACUUUAAUCGUCACUAUGAAUGCAGCUGAACUAAAUGUUUCUGAAGGUUUUUUAACACGCGACAGUUAUAAGGCGUUCAUACAUGAAAUAAGACAGUUACGAUGGUGCCAACCCUUAUCAGAAACGUCAGAGAACCAUUCCAAAUGCUGGUCGGCAAAAUUUAUGAAAAGAAUUAAACGUAACAAAACAUUGUUAUACAAAGUAACUCAAUUACGAAUGAGAUGGAAUACUGAAAAAUUGUCAAUACAAAAAUCCAUUAUGGAAACCUGGAUAAAAUUUAGAAAUCAAUGUGAUAUAAUUCUUAAAGAACACGGUUUAUGGGGGGUUAUCGUUCUUCUCGAUGCACUUGUUAAAUCUUGUAGAACAAAGACUACAAAAUCCCAGUCUUCUUCUGGAAGCUUUUUAUGUAACGUGUCUCAAUUGUUAUCCGUUAUAGAAUUCCUUGAAACAACACCGACAGCCACCAGUGGACGUCAGUGGAUCAACAAUUACUUUAUUUUCGAAAAGAAAAGAAUUAAAUUUCAAAAAAAUUUAAUGGAUUUAUUUAUCUUGUUAUACAGUUUUUUUAAAAGAAAAACUCACAUUCCGUUUAUGAUUCGCACUUUUGGUGGAAAAUCAUUAAUGGAAUUAUAUUUGACUCACCUCGUCAGUCCUAAGGUGAUUGAACUAGAGAAAGUCAUCCGAACUCUACUGGAUAGAUUUCAACCAGAAGAGUAUAAAAAUCAUUGUAACAGUUUUUGGAAAUCAGAAAAACCAUGUCAUCCGUUUCACUCAGAAAAUGAUUUAAACUCGCUUUCUGUCUUAUCCAAUAUAUCUGGAUCAAAUUCUAUUGAAAAUCAUAACGUUUGUAUUCGUGAACUUGAAAAGACUAGCAAAACUUCUCGUGUGGCGACGUGUGAGAAUCGGAAGCCUCUUAGCCAACUUGAUUAUUAUCUUUCAAAACAAGAAAAAAAUGCUUUUCAGCGUUCCACUAAUAAAAAAAAAAAUGUUUCCCAAUCAAUGCUAAAGAAAGAUUCAGAGGAAGACAAUGAUUCUAGAAAAUGUACAAUUUUAACAAGCUAUAGUAAAAAAAUUGUCCACGAUUCAAAAAAAAAUCUGGACUCUGAAGAUAACCAAGAAUCUCAAGACCUUAUAUAUAAACCAUUUCAAUCGCAUGUAGUGAGUGAUAGUUCCUCUUUAGAAUUAAGUGAUAGUCAUUCCGAGAAAAAUCACAUGGCUCCAGAAGAAAACACCUUGGAGUCGGUUGUUGAAUUUCCAUAUUAUUUAUCUAAUAUGAAGUGCAUCGUUUUUACAAAAACACGAGUGGAAGCAUGGCUAAUGCAUCAGUACUGUCAAUUACGGGGCAUUUCUCGAACCAAUUAUGUGAUCUCUCUUUCUCACACGAAUCUCACUCAUUCCAACUUGUUACGCUAUGAGUCCGUCCUAAACUAUUCAGAAAUAACCAAUAGGUUUAGUCUUCCUGUUUUGCCAAAGUUAAAUUACUUGAAUAUUUUGUUUUCAACAAACGUUUUACUUGAAGGCUUUGAUGUUUCCUGUUGUAACUCGGCCAUUUCUCUAAAUCCGAUGCGAUCCAUUUUAGAUUACAUUCAAUGUCGCGGGCGUAUUCGUGAAAAAUCAAAUAUCAAAAGCUGCUUUAAAACGAUUUGUCCAGAUAGUGUCACGAAAAAUGAAUUCAUUUUAAUGCACCGGCUGUAUGAUAUUGAAUGUCUUUUAUUAAAAGCUUUUAAUUCUCAUCAACAUGAUCCUAAGAAAUGUCUUCUUUUAUUCAAGCCUCUUCAUACUGUUCUAUAUGAACCUACAACAAAAGCAUGCAUUUCAGAAAAUUGUGCUUUUCGCGAAGCGAACGAAAUAAUGAUACGUUAUAUAAGAUUAGAAGAUGAUAAAAUCUGUCAUAUGAGUCUUGUUAUAUUAUAUGAUCAUAUACGAAGUCAAAAAACAAAAAACUUUGAUAAUUCAAUGUUUCCUCCUUUUAAAAAAAUGCUUUUAGAAUACACAGAAGAAACGAAAACGUACCAGCAAAUGUUAACUGAAAUGUUAGACUGUUUAGAGAUGUAUUUAAAGGAUCACAAUUCGACAACUUUAUUAACUUUUAUUAAAUUACUUUAUGAGGUGAAAAACGUUGCUUUUCUCUAGAGACUCAAAAGCGUUCUGUUCAUUGGUUUUUUGUUUCUUAGAAUAAUAUUAUAAACAGUUAUUUUUUCCUUCAUUCAGACACAAGAAAUUUGACGACAUUGUGUA